GGAGUGAGACAACUUAGAAAUCCAUGGGCCGAUGGGGCCGAAUAUGUGAACCAGUGUCCAAUUGGGCCGGGCAAAAGAUUCACAUACAAGGUCCAAUUGACAAUAGAAGAAGGUACAAUUUGGUGGCAUGCUCAUAGUGGGUGGGCCAGAGCAACUUUGCAUGGGAUGAUCAUUGUUUACCCAAAGCAUGGUGCUACCUAUCCUUUUCCCAAGCCUUAUGUUGAGGUUCCAAUUAUUCUAGGGGAAUGGUGGAAAAAGAAUGGAAAGAGCUACCUACUCCGAAUAGUCAACUCCAUCAUGGACGAAAGCAUGUUCUUCGGCAUUGACCGUCACAAGCUAACCCUAGUGGGCACGGACGGUUUCUACACGAAACCAUUCGAAACCGAGUACAUAAUGAUCACGCCCGGCCAAUCCAUGGACGUCUUACUAAACACAAACCAACCCCACGACUCAUACUACCUAGCCGCCCGUGCUUACUCGAGUGCGUUUGGAGCCAGUUUCGACAACACAACAACCAUCGGAAUCCUACACUACAUGAACGGGAGUGCCCGUAGCAAUUUUUCCUCCCGCCCGUUAUUGCUACCGCCACUCCCCCCUUACAAUGCCACUCGAGCGUCGACCGCUUUUGUUGGGUUUUUUGUGCUUUUGUCCCACAUCGGUUGUGGGAUGAAAGAGGGGGAGAGUUUUCUCAUAUAUAAGAAGGAAAGCCAAAUGUGGAAGUUGCACCAUAGAUUUCAGCAAGGUUAUUUCGACAUGGGCAGAAGAAAUGCUUGGAUAAAGUUGAGGAGCUUAGCUACUAAAGAUCACCCAAUCGACGUCCCACUCACGGUCGACACUAAUUUGCGGUUUACCGUCUCCGUUAAUCUAAUUAACUGCACGGUGAAAAAUCCGUGCAAUGGCCCUCUUGGAAUGAGAUUUGCAGCUAGUCUAAACAACAUCAGCUUCGUUACCCCAAAAGUCGACGUGCUACGAGCGUACUAUUAUGGGAUCAAGGGUAUUUUUGGAAGAGAUUUUCCGAAGGUGCCGCGGAAGGAGUUUGACUAUACGGGAAAGAAUUUGACGAGUGAGGUGCUGACGCCGGAUUUCGGGACGAGGGCUUUGGUUUUGGAGUACAAUGCAAGUGUGGAGCUGGUUUUGCAGGGGACUAAUAUGCUGGCCAGUGAUAAUCACCCCAUGCAUUUGCAUGGAUUCGGCUUUUAUGUUGUCGGGUGGGGAUUUGGGAAUUUUGACCCGGAAAAGGAUCGUUUGGGGUAUAAUCUUGUGGAUCCUCCUCAGGGGACUACCGUGGGGAUCCCAAAUAACGGGUGGGUUGCUAUUAGGUUCAGGGCUGAUAAUCCA